CCUUAACAAACAUACCUGAAAAUGUUAUUCCAGGACUGCAAAUGUGAUUCCUGCUUGGAAGACCUAAAAUAGGGGCAUGUCGUUUGUCGUUAUCACUGCCCCCAUUAAGUUUCCCUCUAAAUCUCUGUCCGUGAAAAUCUUUAUUGUUCACUUUGAAAGGAGAUGCCCCCAAAAUUAAAAAUAAUUCACCCUUGUCAUUUUAGGCUAGGAGUAAAGGUCAAACUUUAGAAGGUGCAAAUGAUCCACUCACAGCAGGUGACAUGGAAUCCCAUAAGGCCAUAGUACAUGGAUUUCACCAUCUAUUUCCAUCAGUAACUGUGGUAUCUGAAGAACAUGACCACAGUGAUACACAAAACCAACCUGUUGAUAUUGACAUGUUGGACAUUACGAAAAUUGGUGAUGAUCUGCAUAACAAGGAGGAUGAACAGGUCUCAGUAGAUGAUAUUUUAGUCUGGGUUGAUCCACUGGAUGCAACACAAGAAUACACUGAAAAUUUAAUAAAAUAUGUUACAACAAUGGUCUGCAUUGUUGUCAAAGGUAUGCCAUAUGGCACAAUUUUCAUUAAUUACCUUUGAAUUAAAUAAUAUUUAGCUACUGUAAUGGCAAGUAUGACUCACAAUCUACUCUGCCGCAAUAUAUCUUCACCAGCUAACAUGCACUUGGGGAAAUCAUGAAAAAUGAGAGAAAUAAAUCUUGGGGCAUUCUUAGAAUUUGCACCAAGAUCAUUUACACCAAACUGCAAUUUAAAUAAAUUUGUUGAAUUAUUUAGUUCUUACAGUCCUCUUUCUUGUACGUGGUAAAUAAUAUCACAUUACAAAAUAUUGUCACAACAACAUAAAAUCACAUUACUCAGCAUGUGAUCGACAUUGUGCCUUUAACCACACCCCAUCUGGAUGGCUAUGUCUUUUGUUUAGUCAUUAGGGAGUUCCACUAUUAAUUCCCUUUUUCUCGGCCCAUAACAAUCAUUACCACUUUAUUGAAUAUUAUUGUUUGCAACUGAAAGUUGUAUAGUCACCGCAAGAAAGUGGUUUACUCUCGUAUAAAACAAAUGCCCAUGUUUGUCAUGGGCAUUUGACAAGUUUUAGUCUUAUCAAGCAAUCAUUUUAGCCUGAUGGGGCCAGUUGUUCAAAGCUGUAUUAGCUCUAACCCUGGGUUAAAUUUUAACCUGCUGUUUUGGCUGCGUAUUUCUGCACGUGUGUUUAUUUCAAAACGUCCAGAAAAUAAAACUUCCGUUGAUUUCUAGAAAAGUAUUUCCACGUUUAUAAACAAGUUGUUGGGGAAAUUUUAUUAACCCAGGAUUAAGCUAACUGGCUUUUGAACAACCGACCCAUUGUGCUUUGGGACGUCGCUACCGGGGGGAGGUGUAACACCCCAAUAAUUCAAACGUUGGUCAAAAUAGAACUGUUAUUUGCUCAAAGUUGGUCAAAAUGGAACUGAUAUUUGCUUAAAAUUUAAGGUCAAAGUCGGUAAAUUGUGGUGAAAAAUUGGCAAGCCUUGCUUAUUUUGGUCGAAAAUUUUUUAAAUAUGCUUAUAUUAGUCCGGAAAACAUUUUUACGACUUGGUCAAAAUUUUAUUAAAUGUUGGUCAAAACAUGACGACCCCAAUGUUGAGGCCUUAGCGACGUCCCUGUGCUUGGCUCAGCUAAUUGAAGUAUUCAAAUGCUCGUUGUCUUCCAGGUGUUCCAGUGGCUGGUGUUAUUCAUCAACCUUUUUUAAAGAAAACAUUUUGGGCUUGGACUAAUCAUGGUCACUCGAAAGAUCUUUCAAAACCAGUAGUAAAUGAAGCUUCAUUAAGAAGGCCAAGAAUUAUUGUAUCAAGAUCUCAUGCUGGCUCUGUGAACGUGACAGCUAAGUCCGCUUUUGGUGAAGAUGUCACAAUUAUCCCAGCUGGUGGUGCUGGAUUUAAAGUUUUAUCUUUAUUCAAUGACAUUGCUGAUGCUUAUGUUCACAAAACAUUGAUUAAGAGAUGGGAUAUUUGUGCAGGAGACGCCAUACUUCGCUCGUUUGGAGGUAAAAUGACCACACUUCAUGGUACUGAAAUAACGUAUGGUGAACAGUUUGUUGUGAAGAAUAGCGGUGGUCUUCUAGCAACUUUGAAUAAUCAUGAACAUUUUCUUCACAAGCUCUCAGCAUUAGCAACAUCAAGUCCAGUUAAGAAAACUUGAAUACUACAUGGACAACAUCAUUUUUUUGCGAUUUCUCCGUUCCAUUUGCUUGCCUGUCAUGAUAGUAGAAAUGGAUGAACGAAAAGUAGAGAAAGCUUAAGAAUACUGCAGGAACCGAGGAACAACAUUUUACUUUACGGUUCUUUGUGUUCAACCACUUGCUUACCUAUCAUACAGUCUAGAAAUGGGUAGGAAGUCAUUUUUGUUAAAGUAUGCAAAUGGUAGUUGAACUGGUAAAAUAUAUUAAGUAAGG